GGUGGAAUCAUUCAAUUCGGCUUCCCACCGACUUCGAGUAGGAGGCAUCGCAUAAACCUAAUAAACAAUCGCCUCCACAUAUAUUUUUCCAACCCAAUCACGUCUGGCCUCUUUUGGUUGAAGAAGGAAAUGCCGGGGCUAACGUGCAACGCUUGUAACAAAGAAUUCAAAGACGAUGCAGAGCAGAAGCUCCAUUACAGGUCUGAUUGGCACCGCUACAAUCUCAAGCGCAAGGUAGCUGGAGUUCCAGGAGUGACAGAAGCUCUGUUUCUGGCAAGACAAUCAGCGCUUGCUCAAGAGAAAGAUAAGCGGAAUGAAACCCCCAUGCUUUACAGUUGUGGUCUCUGCGGCAAAGGGUAUCGAAGUUCCAAGGCUCAUGCUCAGCAUCUCAACUCACGAACCCAUGUCAUGCGGGCUUCUCAAGGAACCAAUAACCCUGAAGAAGAGAAGGCAAUUAUCAAGCCACUUCCUCGCUGUGCUGUAAACAAACCUCCACAACCAAGGGAUAAAAAUGAUGAGGAAAGUGAAGAUGAGUGGUUGGAGGUUGAUCCAGAAGAAGACUUGGUUGGUCAGGCUGCAAAUUCCUUAACCGAUUUGAAUGUGAACGAGGAAGCAUCUGGUGAUGAAAUGGAUACCGAUGAUGAAGAAGAAGUGGAGUUAGAUCCAUGCUGUUGUUUUAUGUGUGAUAUUGACCAUGAUACCAUUGAAAGCUGCAUGGUUCACAUGCAUAAGUUUCAUGGUUUCUUCAUUCCUGAUGUUGAGUAUUUGAAGGAUCCAGAAGGCUUGCUCACCUACCUUGGCCUUAAGGUUAAGAGAGAUUUCAUGUGUCUGUAUUGUAAUGAACGGUGCCAUCCUUUUGCUAGCUUGGAAGCUGUUAGGAAACAUAUGGCAGCCAAAGCUCAUUGUAAAGUGCAUUAUGGUGAUGGCGAUGAAGAGGAGGAAGCAGAAUUGGAAGAAUUCUAUGAUUAUAGCAGCAGCUAUGUGGAUGAGAGUGGGAAGCAGUUGGUUGCAGUUGGUGAUAUGGGCAACACUGUAGAACUUGGUGGUGGCUCAGAGCUUAUUAUAACUAGAAGAUCCGAUCAGGGAAUAAUGACAAAAACACUUGGUUCUCGUGAAUACUUGCGCUAUUAUCGACAGAAGCCUCGCCCAUCACCUGCAAAUAACAUGGCCAUUACGGCUGCCUUGGCCUCAAGGUACAGGAGUAUGGGAUUAGCAACUGUGCAGUCAAGAGAGCAAAUAGUGAGAAUGAAGGUGAUGAAACAAAUGAAUAGAUCGGGUGUGGAAGCAAUGCGGACGAAAGUUGGCAUGAAGAAUAAUGUCAUCCGAAACUUGCCUAAGAAUGUUCCAUUUUAGUCACUGGCUAUCUAUUUUGUUAUCAGUGGCAAAUCUCAGCACAUCGGGCUCUCAUUUUCAGUAUUAUUUUAUUUCUUGGAAA